UGUAUUUCAAACUUGAAAUUACGAUCGACACACAAGAUUAUAUUUCCAUUUGGAAAAAAAGAAACUUUACGUAGGAAGAUCAGAACACAACAUUAAAGUUUUAAUAUAAAGGACAUGCGGAGUUUCAGAUAUCGUGCUUUGAUUCUAGAGUUCAUAAUCUAUAAACGUGUAUUAGAUGGAUUACUUAAGUAUCAAAACUGUAUUGGGCGAAUGAUUAAUUGUAGUUCCUCUUUAUAUCGCUUAGCCUUUAUUAAAGGGACUCGCUUAUGAUUUUGGACCAAAAAAUUGUUUUUCCAGUAAAGCAUCUGAAAACACUUAUUUUGUCAUUAUUUUACUCUACGAUAUCGUUAUUGCAGAAAAAAAUACAAUGAUGGCAGAAACAAGUAUUUGGGUUUUUAGUGGUGUGCGAGCGGCGGUAAAGUCAAGAAUAAGAUAGAAAACACACGUUUUAACUGCUAGGCCCCCAGGAGUUAAACAAAAGUGAUGGAUAUUUUUACCUUUCAACCAUACAUUGAUUACAUCACGUGAUGAUCACGCAACAACGAACCGCUGAUAUCCGUUAUUAACGUUAAUGAAAAGUGUGGUCUUCAAAGACGAUAUUUGACAGUUAUCAACAUUAGCUGAAGGGUUUUAGCUUUUGGUAUUUUAGUUUUAACUCUUCUUAUGAUUUGCCUCACUUCAUUUCGUCAUACACCAAACAUGCAUUUUUCAAAAUACAUGAGCGAGUCACUUUAAAAUUAAGGCAGUACAUAACAAAGCAUAUUUGUACUGUGAAUAUUGCUUUUUUAUAAUCGGAGGAAGUUUAUUUUGUAUAAAGGUCUGCUUUGUUGCUUGUAUAAAUAUUUACGUGUUUGAAUGUGCGGCUAAAAGGCUCUGGCUUAAAGGAUAUGAAUGAAUAACAUGAGAAUGAGAUUACACUUGUUACUACGACCGUGCCGUUGAACUUUCAACGUUUGUUUUAAUAGUAGUAAUACUAGCAGUUAAAAGGAAGUUUGAACCUCGGUCGCACAGACGACAGACGAACAGAUAUGUCACGGGUGGAAGACGUCAGCACCGGGGAUUUUAUACAGGUGCGGAGCCGAUGGCAGUACCUAAAGCAGCGGCUGAAACGUCGGGGCGUGGUUGAGGUGGAUAAAUCCCACCCGCAGUAUGACAUGCUGUGUGCCAUUCAGGUUGCCAUACGAACACUGUUUACGGAUCAUCCCGAGGCCAAGGCAAAGGAUGAACUUGAUGAGAACGAUUUCAACCAAAAGAUAAAGUAUACCGUGCAGUCCCCAGCUGGAAAGACGUACCAGUUCGGGAGCUACGCAAGUCCGGUGUUCGCCCGAGUUCGUUCGGCAGUAGACAUAAAAGAAGAUGACUUUCUGAACAGCCUAGUCCCCGACAGUCUUCCUUACCUGGAGUUUAUAAGUAACUCGAGGAGCGGGCAAGACUUUUAUUUCACGAACAAUCAAAGAUUUGUGCUCAAAACCGACCUCCAGCAUUGUGUACAGUUCUUCCUGUCAAUACUCCGAGAUUAUCUCAACCAUUUCCAAACAUACCCGCAUUCCUUGCUAGUCAAAUUCCUUGGACUCUACUCAAUCAAGACAGCCACAUCGAAAAAGAAAUACUUCCUAGUCAUGCAGAGUAUAUUCUACCCAACGAUACGCCUCAACGAGAGAUUUGACAUUAAAGGUUGCCUUGCAAACAGAUAUCAAGACCCGAACCCACCAGGAAAGAAGACCAUUCUUGUUCUUAAAGAUAAGAAUUUCUUAGAUGAGAAAAUCGAACUUGGGCCACAAAAGGACUGGUUCCUGACACAGCUGCGAGCUGACGUGGAUUUCCUACGAGAGAUAGAAGUUCUCGACUUCAGUCUUCUACUGGGUCGGCACCGACUUGAAAGCAGCGAAAAACACGAAUCCAUGAGUAACCUCGUCAUAAGAGUCAAGAAAUCGUUCGGUCAUGAGAAGGGGUCUGAAAAUUUGCACCUAUAUGAGGAACAGAAUCUUGUUGCAACUGAUCAAACCAGCCAACCAAACGGACAGUCAGAGAUCGUAGAUCAAAGUAAAACUAAGACAAAUGACAUCGAAUUGCAAGUGCUUUCAAAAAGCGACCCACCAAAUGUAUCUCCUGCAAAGAAGAGUGGCAAAAAAGAAAUCUCUAAAUUGAAGAGCACAAAGUCCUCUUCAGGAGCGAAGGUAGGAUUCCUCCGCUCGUUGUCAGACAAACGCUAUUUGGACGAUUCCGAACAUACAUUCCAGAACAGACGACUAUUGUUGACCUGUGAUAAUAGCCUUCAUAUCAUUGAUGGCGUCAAAUACAGAUAUUAUAUUGGUGUCAUAGAUUUCUUUACGCAGUUCCGAUGUAGACAACUUGUGGGAAAAGUUCUGAAAGACAUGAAAACAUGUUGUGGAAGUCAUUCAACGGUGGAUCCGGAAACGUACGCAGAACGCUUCUAUCAGUUUAUACAGGAGCGGGUUGAAUAAAACACUAGACAUUGGCUGCAAACUGAUGUGAUAACGUUUUCGAUUGCCAGUGAUAAAAUGUUUUAAUUCCAUGUCAGCAUUCCAUGUAUUUUAGAAUUUACUAUAUGGUUGAAUGUUUUACAAAGCUUUAAAUCGUUGCAACUACUUUUUAAACUGUUUACAGUUACUUGCAUGAAGUGAUUCUCUUUUAAAAAGAAAUUCACUUUAAUACUCAUGUUUAUAUUAUAUAGCUCUAUAUUUUUCUAAUUUUGUACUCUGCAAGCUUACUUAUAAGCCCACUAAUGCUUCUCGCUGAAAUUACAAUUUAUAUUAUGAAUCUCAAAAUAAGGGUAUAAACGCGUUUAUUUGAACAUAUUUGUACAUUUAUAUUUUUGAGGAAAUAUUGCUAAAUUCUGUUUAAAUGCAUAUGUGUCCAUUUUUGAUAUUGUAUAAUUAUAAUUUAUUCUAAUAGUGUUUAUGAUGUUUUAAGCAUGGUCCGUAUCCAGUACAUUUCAAAAGAUUGGCAAAUAGCAACUUUUUAGAAAUCUGAUAUCUGCACUAAUUUGUUAAAAGCGUACGCUAUGCAGGAAAUGUUUAUAGUGUCUCUAAAUUUGUCAAAGGUUUCGAGAUUCGGAUAAAAAAACGCGCAUGCGCAGCUAAAUUAGUACAGUACCAUGCUCUCAAUGCAUAAAUGUGCUAGCAUGCAUUACCGUGCCAAUACGGCCAAUGCUCGUGCUAAACCUACAUCAGGGUUUCCGAAUCGUGCAGAUGUGGUUUGCUGGAAAAUUGAUAUAUUUUGGAUAAGACCACUUUUUUGAAACAGCUAUAAGUUACCUAUAUUUUUUCGCUGUUGUCUUUAUGAAUAAUGCGUUCUGGUGCCCUUAAACUGUGUUGAUACCAACCAUCAAACAUAACAAAUGUUCACAACUAAAGAAAAAUCUCUUAUAAAAAUUUAAGCAAAUGGAUGAACUGAUCACCGAAAAACAAAACAAAAAAGUAUAAAGAAAGCUUAAAAUACAUUGAGAAUAGGCCAAUAUAUACAAGUAUUUCAAAUCAGUUUAUAGAACAAAGUUUGCGUGUCUCAAUUUGGUGUCUCAAUUUGCCGUGUUUAGGUUGUAAAUGCCAGUUCGGUCAUUAUUUUAUUUUUUUAACUGUUGUUACUUUAAUUAGGGUUUUAUAUUUCACACAUAUUUCACAUUUAAUAUGCCAGUCAAAGACUUUGUCACAGUUUUACAGAUAAAGUAUCAUGAUUAAAUUUCUAUUGUAUUGUUAGUUAUGAGCUUUGUUUGUCGUUAGUUAGCGAUCAUAUGUGAUAUUUAAUAUGAGUGUGUUUCUCUAACCAAGAGUUUAUCUCUCUAAUAAAAUCAAAACUAUUUUCUAAUAAAGGCUAAAAUAGAAA